AUGCCUCAACUGCAAACAUUUAUCUUUUAUAUUAGUACAGAAAUUAAAGUUUGUAAUUUAUCUCAUCGUAAAUCGUAUGAUGAUAUUCAACAAACAUUUAAAAAUAUAAAAUAUGGACCAACUGGUCGCAUCAUAGAUCAUUCUGGCACUAUUCCAGGCCGAUGUCAUAUUUAUUCUCUUCCAUUUAUAUUUACUCUUUUGGAAAAGAUCUCACAUCAAUUUUCAACUAUUGUACUUAAUACUGUAACACAUUUGUAUGUCUGCGAUCGAAUUCCAAUGCAACAUGAAUUCUUCAUGCGAAUGAGUCAAUCUUUUCCUUUUCUUAAACAUUUCUCUAUAGCAAAUGAAAUGCUACAAUCGUCGAAACAUGAUGAAUGGAAAUCGGAUGAAAAUCCAUUUUGUUCUAUUAUUGAAUAUUCUCAUCUUACAACGCUUGAUCUCACAAAUGUGCAUAAGGAUUAUGUUGUACAAUUUCUACUCGAAACAAAAACACAUUUACCUUGUCUAACUGAUUUAUAUGUCGAUUAUAAUCGAUUGAGAUCUAUAACAAUGAAGUUUACAAGAGAUGCAACACGAUGCAAUUGUUCAAAAAUACAAAGAUUAUUUUCCAAAGGGUGGAUGGUUUCUUCAAAACAUGUAGAUGGAUAUUUUUCUUCAUUAGAAAUUUAA